AUGCUUUCGACUAACACGCAACUGUCUUCCAGCGAAACCGUGGACUACGAGCAGAAAUACUCUGCACACAACUACCACCCUUUGCCUGUGGUGUUCGAGCGCGCGCUGGGCGCACAUGUGUGGGACCCAGAGGGCAAAGAGUACCUAGACUUUUUGUCAGCGUACUCUGCGGUAAACCAGGGCCAUUGCCAUCCUGAGAUCAUUGCAGCUCUUGUGGAACAGGCGUCCAAGCUUACGCUGUCAUCGAGAGCGUUCUCGAACAACGUGUUCUCGGCGUUUGCCAAAUACGUGACAGAGUUUUUCGACUACGAGAUGGUUUUGCCCAUGAACACCGGUGCUGAGGCCGUUGAAACCGCGCUCAAGCUCGCCAGACGCUGGGGCUACACCAAGAAGAACAUCCCUGACAACCAGGCUAUCAUCCUUGGUGCCCACAGCAACUUCCACGGGCGCACAUUUGGUGCCAUCUCGCUCUCUACCGACGACGACUCUCGCACCAAUUUCGGGCCUUUCCUCGAGAACACCACUGCGAAGAUCCCUGGCGGCAACGGCGAAUAUAUCCGUUAUGGUGUCGUUGAAGAUGUCGAGCGGGCCUUCAAAAAUGCUGGCGAUCGCAUCGCUGCCUUGAUUUUGGAGCCCAUUCAGGGUGAAGCCGGUAUUGUGGUGCCAGCCCCAACCUAUUUGACCGAGGUUCAGAAAUUGUGUCGCCAAUACAACGUUUUGUUGAUCUGUGACGAAAUCCAAACUGGUAUUGCUCGUACUGGUAAGAUGUUGUGCUACGAGCACUCUCCAGAUGUCAAGCCUGACCUUGUUCUAUUGGGUAAAGCCAUUUCAGGCGGUGUGUUGCCCGUUUCCUGUGUGUUGUCUUCUAAAGACAUCAUGCUGUGCCUCGAGCCUGGUUCCCAUGGUUCCACCUACGGUGGUAACCCGCUAGCUUCCAAGGUCGCUAUUGCCGCUCUCGAAGUCGUUAGAAAGGAGAACUUGGUCCAAAGAGCCAAAGAUUUGGGUGAAUACCUACAGAACCAACUGCUUGAAUUGCAAAAAUCUUCCAACGGAAUCAUUUCCGAGGUACGCGGGAAAGGUCUUCUUACCGCUAUUGUUAUUGAUCCAAAGAAAGCAAAUGGCAGAAGCGCUUGGGAUCUAUGUUUACUCAUGAAAGACCAGGGUGUCUUAGCCAAGCCUACUCAUGAACACAUAAUCAGGUUGGCUCCUCCUCUAGUCAUCUCCAAGGAAGACUUGGACAAGGGUGUGGACUCUAUCAAGAAAUCUUUGGAGCUACUACCCAACGUGGAAAAAACCGCUCAUUAA